GGGAAGGUCGCGCGCCAGCCUCCAUCUUCAUCCUCUCCAUCAUCAUCAUCAUCAUGUCCGCCACCAAGGAUGAGCACCGCAAAGGCUCGAGCGAGUGGCGGGAAUUCUUCUGGAACCCGCGAACUCACGAGCUGAUGGGCCGGACCGCCUCGAGCUGGGGUCUGAUCCUGGUCUUCUACCUGGUCUUCUACCUGUUCCUGGCGGGAAUGUUUGUUCUCACCAUGUACAUCAUGCUGCUGACCCUCGAUGACUACAAACCCACCUGGCAGGACCGUCUGGUCACUCCAGGGAUGAUGAUUCGUCCGAAGGGCGAUCAGCUGGAAAUCAGUUUCUCGGUCUCAGAGACUGAAAGUUGGGACGGCUUCGUCCACAAUCUCAACACCUUCCUCUCUCCGUACAAUGACAGCUAUCAGGUUCAGACCAAUGAUAACUGCCCUCCAGAUCAAUACUUCAUUCAAGAGGACAGUGGAGAGGUGAGGAACAAUCCGAAGCGUUCCUGUCAGUUUAAUCGGACGAUGUUGGAGGAUUGUUCUGGGGUUUCGGAUCGUUACUAUGGUUACAGCAGCGGUCAGCCCUGCAUCCUCAUCAAGCUGAACCGGGUGAUCGGCAUGUUACCAGGGAAGGACGGUCAGUCUCCUUUUGUCAGCUGUGGAGCGAAGGGGGAGGACAGCAGUAAAAUCGGGCCUCUGGCGUAUUUUCCUCCGAAUGGAACCUUUAACCUGAUGUACUAUCCGUACUACGGCAAGAAAGCUCAGGUGAACUACACUCAGCCGCUGGUCGCCGUCAAGUUCCUGAACGUCUCGCUGAACACAGACGUCAACGUCGAGUGUAAAAUCAACUCCAACACGCUAGCCGACGGCAGCGAGAGGGACAAGUUCGCUGGGAGGGUUUCCUUCAAGCUGCGGGUCAACGCCGACUAGACACACACAUAUACACACAUAUACACACACACACACACACACACA